AUGCUACUACAACGCAGCAAACAACAGCUCAAUCCAACCACACCUUCGCGUGCACUUGUCAAGUCCAACUUGACAUCGCGCACGAAGCGAGCUUCUUUCGUUGACGACACAACACCAACCAAAGCGGCGUGUCAAUACCUCCUCAAUACGUCAACAGAUCUCACCACACCGAUGAUUGAUGGCUCCACCUCCAACUCACCAGCACACACAUUAGCGCCCCCAAAAGCCGCACCCGUCAUGUCUGCCAUGACAGGCAUCAAGUUGACACCUGCCGCUGCCCUCGCCGCAGCAACAGAAGCGUCCAAGAUUGCCAAUGCAAACCUCAAACGGGCGAAAGCGUAUCUUCGGUCAGAAGCCAUGAGGGUAGCCAUUACUUCACUGGAUGACAUCAUGUACACGAAUGAUUUCCUUUUACCUGGAGAUACACGGAAAGUAUCUGCGGUACCUGUGCUUGAAUGCGACACAGAAUCAUUGUCUCGCAAGGAGAAGAGAAGACGGAAGAAACUCAGGACGGCCGCAACAGGUGCUGGUGGACUUGGCAAAAUUGGUGGCAGUGCGUCGAGUAUGGAUGGUGAUUAUUCAACAGGUGAAAAUGAGGAGUUUGGUGUUGAUCGAGCUGGUCACGGUAUCGGCCCAUCUCUUGAGCCGCUGUUCAGCCUUUGA